GGAAAGUUUGCCCUCAUGCUUCUGGACUUGCAGAACAACUGGAUCCACUGGCUACGCAUGGACAUGGACGGGCUGGAUGUCAGUAGCGGACGGACUGUGGUGUCUUACUUCUGCCCCGCUGUGGGUCCCAUUACCUUCAUGCUGCUCCUGUACCGUCAGGAUAUCGCAUACGACGGGAACCUCUGCACCAUCGCCGGCAACAAACGCACAAGCACAAAGCCAAUUAAGGACUUUUGUUCUGAUCAAUGCAGGUGUAUUUUGGGUGAUGACCCUAGCGCCUUGACUGACUUGUAUGACAUGACGUUAGUGGGCGUCACCUGGUUCAACCUUGCCGAGGAGCUAUCAACUAACUUCCACCUCAUGCUCCGGUAUGAUGGGCUCACCCUGCCUUGGGACUCGGGCGCCGCAUGUGCUAGCCAGCUGACUAACGGGACAUGUCCAGUUCCGUCCACCGUCGAUCCUCUCUGCGACUUCGCUAAACUAGACUUAGAGGAGUGCAAGGAGUGCGUUGACGAAUUGAUCGACUCCGGGGCCAUGGGGCACUCACUUCAUCUGGGAUGGUACAUGGUUAUACUAUGUGCCACCAUUUUGACCGCAAUUUUUGGUCAUAUCAUGUAGAUUUUUGACCACCUAUUUCCUUGCACCAUUUUCUGAACUUUUGACCCUUCAUUCAAUCCACUCCUCAAAAUUUUAAACCCCAAAAUUUGUUUUGCUGUAGAAAUUUAACCUCUGGAUUCAUUUGAAUUUCGAGUUUUUACCUGGUCCUCAAUUUUAUUUUCAGAAUUUGGUGUAGAGUUUGUGCCACUAUGUUUUAAAGUUCAUGGGACACAUCAGUAAAAGUUCUCAGGUCAUCCCCCCCACCUCCUUCCUCCAGGGUUCAUUUUCAAAUUUGAAGGGCAAUGUAGUUUCUAAGAGGGAAAAAAUAAGGGCAAUUGUUUCACUCUGAAAUGAUGAUAAGCAAUAGGGACACUCUUCUUUUGAUUGAUCAGAAUGACUUUAAUUCAGACCAGUGAGCAUUUAAAGACCCAUCCUUGGCUCAAGAAUUGCAAUGGCCAUCACAUCAUGGAGGUAGAUCAUCCACCUAAUGAACUCUGAUGAUGACUUUGACCUUGAGACUCCUCAACAUAGGAGAAAAUAUGUGUACAAUGACAAAAUAAAGAUUUGGGUCAAACAAUGAUAA